UCGUCCAUGGUUGGCUUUACUACUAAAAAUGUGAAUUUUAUUUGUCCAAUAAUUUUCGCAAAGUUAUUCGUUGUUUUCGUAUGAAAAGGUGUUCAAAUAUGUGCAUUUAUCCUUCUGAAAAAUAAAAUUCAAUGUAAAAAUAUAUUAUAACUGUUUAAAUUUUAAGAAAAUGUUGUUAAAAAGAAACUAUGUAAAUGAAAACAAUUUAAUUAAAUACUCAACAUACUCGUAUAAAAGAAAAAAUACUACAGCAAACAUCCCAAAGGAAGGUCCUCAUUCCACUUUACCGGAAGAUGAGUUCUUUGAUGCUGUUGAAACUGGGCUAGAAAAGAUCGAAGAGGAUAUGCAGAUUCGUGCGAAACUAAAACUGCAGACGCAACAAUCAUUGACUUUGGCCAAUGUGCCACAUCAAGCUCAACAAAAAGGAAAUGAUCCUAGUACAGAUGAGUUCGGUACUGGGGGCUUAGCUAGAAGCCACAUUCUCUGGCCUGAGAUCGAUCGUGUGUGCCGCGAGCAGUUACAUUAUGCUCGCGAAGGAGUUGGCCAAGGAGGUAAUGGUUGGCAAAUAUUUGCAGAUGAAGGUGAAAUAAAAAUGUACAAGCGUGAAGAAGAAGUGAAUGGCUUAGUGAUGGACCCAUUGAAAGCAUAUCACAGUGUUAAUGGCGUAACUGCACGCGAAAUGUGUCAUUACUUUUUCAUGCCCGAAUUUCGCAAUGAAUGGGAGACAACUUUGGAAGACUGUACUAUAUUGGAGAAAAUUUCACCAGACACAUUUGUCUUUUUACAAACGCAUAAACGUAUCUGGCCUGCCAGUCAACGUGAUGCCUUAUUCUGGUCUCACAUGCGCAAAAUUACAGAUGGAUUAGAUGAUGACGCGGUAGACAUGUGGGUUGUAUGUAAUAACUCGACGGAAUAUUCUAAACAAGAAUCCAAAAAUGGCAAAUGUGUACGCAUAUUUCUGACAGUGAUUUUAGCUUGUCAAACGCUUUUACCACCUGGAAAAACAAGUAACGAUAUCCUCAGCCGAGAUGAAUUAACUUGUAAAAUCACAUACUGCUCUGUUGUGAAUCCCGGUGGUUGGGCACCUGCAUCCGCUUUACGCGCUGUUUACAAGCGCGAAUAUCCUAAGUUCCUUAAACGCUUCACUGGAUACGUGAUAGAUCAAUGUAAGGACAACCCAAUCAUGUUUUGAUGUUUGUAGAAAUUAGAAUUUUUCUAUAAAAUAUGUAAGACAAUUUUAUAUUAUAGCCGUGUUUUGCUUAAUAUUAAGUAAUUAACUGGACGCUACGCCUUUGGAUUAUGGUAAAAAAAAUUGUAGCGAUGUUUUGUAUAAUGAUAAUAUGUAAAAAAACACUUUAUUACCUUCUUAAUAGCUCAAACGAUUUCCAGUUUUAUCAUUAUUUUUUUUAUAUAUAUUAAGUAGAAAUAAACAAACGAAAAAUCACUAUUCUUACCAUAUAUUGUGUGAUUGUAUAUAAGCAAGCAAAAUUGAAUUCAAAUAACGAUUCUUAAUAACAAAUAAAUGAAGCUUCAACCAUUAAACAUA